GGCCAAUCUGGAAGGCUGAGCAGCUGGGGAAGGUGCGGGCUGCGGCGCAGCGGAGCGUGCUCUAUGGACCAUGUGCUGCUAUGGAGGCCUGAAGACGGAGACGCUAGAUGCUGGGCUGGAUUAAGUGCCUGCUGAGGAUGGUGGUUCAGCGAGCUGGGCUCAGCAUGCAGUCGGUACUUUGGUCUGGAAAGCCAUAUGGUUCGUCUCGAAGUAUCGUAAGGAAGAUUGGUACCAACUUGUCUCUGAUUCAGUGUCCAAGAGUUCAGUUUCAGCUUACCAGCCAGGCAACAGAAUGGAGCCCCGCCCACCCGAGAGAGGACAUGGUGGCAUCUUUUGCUGAUGUUGGAUGGGUAGCCACAGAAGAAGGGGAGUGUUCAACAAGACUCAGGGCAGAGGUCAGGGCCAAGUCUCCCCUUGAGGAUGACCGUCCUUGCUCUGAGGAGCCCCCAAGCACGCACAUUACUUUACCAAACUUGUCUCAAGAUGAGCCUCCUCCAAAGACAACACUGGCCAGUGAGGAGGCCUUGCAGAAGAUCUCCGCACUUGAGAAUGAGCUUGCUGCCCUUAGAGCUCAGAUUGCCAAGAUUGUGACCCUGCAGGAACAACAGAGUCUUAAUGCAGGUCACUGUAGCACCACUGUAGCACCACCACCACCUCCCCCUCCUCCACCACCACCCCCUCCUCCCCCUCCAUCAAUGCUCCACCAAAGUAUGUCUGCCGUUGAUCUGAUUAAAGAGCGAAGAGAGCAAAGACUCAGUGCUGGGAAGACUCUGGCUAAGAGCCACCCGAAGCCGCCUGAUAUGCCGAACAUGCUAGAGAUCCUGAAAGACAUGAACAAUGUGAAGCUGCGGUCAGUCAAGAGGUCGGAGAAAGACGUAAAGCCUAGGCCAGUGGAUGCUACUGACCCUGCUGCCCUCAUAGCAGAGGCUCUGAAAAAGAAGUUUGCCUAUCGGUAUCGACACAGUAGCCAAGGUGAAGGUGAGAGAGGAAUUCAAAAGCCGGAACCGGAGGCUACCUCAGAGCCAGCCCUGUUUGGUCCACAUAUAUUGAAGUCUACAGGGAAAAUGAAGGCUUUAAUUGAAAAUGUUCCGGACUCCUAAUGGACAAUGAGUUCAGAAAGACUCCUGGUUCACCUGUUGGCUUGCAGAGCUGAGUCUGGCUGGUAGAGAUCACCAGUGUGUAGUAAAUUCCUGGCGGUAGUAUUCAUUGGUCUCCUUCUUAGCCUAAUUAGAGGAGUGAGAGGUAGUGGAAGCACCAGAGGUUGGUUUGGCUCUUAGGAGAUCUUGGCCAGUUCUGGAGCUUUCCUUAAUACACAUGUAUUAUGACAUGUUUUUAAUAGGUUUUAAUAUUUGUAGGGUCUCAGAAUACAGACAUGCCAUUUGUGGAUGUUGCUGUCCAUUCUCAGUUCUUAACACUACCUGUUAAUGUUUUAUAUGCACACAUUUGUAUAUAAAACAGUAUGUAAAAACUCACAAGGAAUGGCAUCCGUGAGGAUCCUGUUAUCUUCAUUUUGAGUUUACUGGUCAGUGAGGGAAGAGCUGGUGUGCCCUGUUAGAAGAGGACAGUGUUGGAGAUGGGAAUGCUUCGAAUAGGAUUUACAUAUGUUCUCAUUGUUUCUUUCCUCCUGGAGCUGAGUUUACAUAAGCAGCAACAGAUGUUUACUGCUGAGUUUCCAUAUUGCUUUCUGUUAGAGGGAACCGAGGGCCCGGAAGGCUAAGCCUCAUUGCCAUCCAAUCCUAGGAAGUCAAUGUACUUCUCAAGUAGCAACAAAUCCAAUUAUUGAAUUAAAUCUCUUUUUAAAUAAAAGCCAGAACGUACCAUCUUUCUUUUCAGUUUAAUGAGUGGCCUCAAAAAGAUGAUUUAUUGCUAAAUUAGGUUUUAAGUUGUCCAAGUUUACUAUUGACAUGAUUAAACACCAUGACCAAAAAGCAACUUGGGAAGGCAAGGGUUUGUUCACUCACAGUUCCAUGUAAUAAAUAGUUCAUCAUCAAAAGCAGUGAGAGCAGGGACUCAAGACAGGGCAGGCUCCCGAAGCAGGAGCUGAUGUGAAGGCCAUGGAGGGUGCUGCUUACUGGCUUGUUUCUUAGGGAACCCAGGACCACCAGCCCAGGGGUGACCCCAUCCACGAUGGGCUGGGCCCUCCAUCAUCAAUCACUAAUUAAGAAAAUGCCUUACAGCUGGGUCUUAUGGAGGCAUUUUCUUAGUUUCGGUUCCCUCCUCUCAGAUGACUCUAACUUGUGUCAAGCUCACAUAGAACUAGCCAGCAUAAUACAAAAUGUCAGCAUAACUAAAUUUAUAAAUUUUAAAUAUUGGUCAAAAUAUCCUUUCUAAUGAAACAUUACUGACUAGGUGCAUAAUACCUUUUCGGUUGUUUAUCAUUGGUCAGCCGAUUGAUUACGUUAUGCAGAUAACCGUAGGCGUUUCUAGAAAGUUGAAAACUGCCUUUAUUAUCCAGGGCUUGAAAGGGCUUGUUAUAAUUUAAAGUACUUAAUAAGUUUUCAUGAUUUUUGUUUCCGAUAAGUUCAAAUGUCUUUAAUAUCAGAAUCUCUUACCAUGAGUAAAUCUUUGUAUUAUUUAAGUCUAGCGAUUAGUUUUUCUUCCCAGGAGAAUUAAGAGAUGGGAAGUGUAGAUAGGUAUUUUAAGUUAUUGAAAAUAUGUGCUCUAAAUCUUUAACAAAGAUUGAACUAUUUUUCAUAGUUUAGUUUAAAAUGUGGUAUGUUAUUAAUGUAUAUUGUUUCUAAAUGUUUUCUAUGGUUUGAAUACUGUCUUUUAUGAGAUUCAGAAAAUUCGUCUGACCACAUAUUUUGACCUAAGAAAUUUAUAUCAGUAUUGAAUUUGGCUAGCAUUCCAAUAUAUGAAAGUUAUUAUUUUAAAAUAAAGCAAGCUGUUGAGUUUUUCUUUUGACUAUACUAUUUGUACAUUUACCUCCCUUCUCUUUCCUUCCCUCAUCUCCUUUGUAGGUAUUAGGAUAACUUGUAAUGCACUUGUAACCAGCACUGCUCUCCUUAACGAACUGAGCCAGCUCUCAUUCACUUCUCCUCUUAGACUGGAGGCCUGAAGGAGAACAGCAUACAGCUAAGGAAGGAAUUCUUCAAGUAGAUGAACUUUGUAUCUGGUAGUGUUGUAGUGACAGUUUCAUAGAGAUAGAAAAUGUGAGUCAGAGCACUGGACUUGAAGCCACCAUGAUUGUGGACAAGUGAAUUUAUUCUCAAGCCAUUGAGACCCUUGUCUCAAAAAUGAAGUUUUACUUUUAGUAGUAUAAACCAUUCUGAGCUCCUCUCUAGAGUCUGUUCCUUGGUUCUUCUUGGACACUCUCAGGAAAUCCUGUAAGUGGGCCAGCGCUUCACUGGUCUUAGUGGUACCUUAACAACGAAUAGAAAAACAAAAAUACCAUAGCAAAGUAAGGACCCAGCAUCUUGUACUUUUCCAGAGGAAGCCGCAGUAUUUCACUCCAGGACUAAGGAUGUUCCUCUAGCUAGAAGUUCUCAAACUUCGUUCUUUGGUAGAUUCUCUAGCCUCUUGCAGCAGUCUACAGCCCGUCAUGGUUAGAGCAGAACGUGGGCGUAUUAAUAUUCUCAGGGCAAAGGCCAGAUAGCACUUUCUAUUUCAAACCAAGUGGUUAUGGUAGGGGAGCCCUGGUUACUUCAUGGUGAAAAGCCUUAAUUUAUGGACAAACCUAAGAUAUAACAUGUCUGUCUUGUUGCCCAGUGGCCAGCCUAUCUACUGACCAGAUCUUUUUUAUGAAAGAGUAAAAGGUACAUGUCCAAGGGGAUUUUAUAUUAGAAACCAGUAUCUUAAGAGGGAAAAAAGGCUUCACGCAUAGUGUUAGUCUUUCUGGAAUACUGAAGUUGACGACAGAGCACACAGGUAUGUGUGUAACAGAAUAAGGGUCAUGUUAGCCAGAUGGUUCUUGUCUUCUGCCCUCCCUGACACAUAGAACAUGGGCAACUGACUAAACCAUUAU